AUGUCAGUCAAACUUCCCAUAAUUUCCUUGUCACCGUUAACAUCUCCAAAUUCUUCUUCACGGGCUUCAAGACAGUCUGUGGCAAAGGAAAUAGACCAUGCAUGUCGUAGCAUGGGGUUCUUUUAUAUUGUUGACCAUGGAAUACCCGAGGAGCUUUGCGAGAAAGUAAGACGUUUGGGUCAUGAAUUUUUUAGUUUAAGUGAUAAAACAAAGAAUAAGUACGGAAUUGCCAAUCAAGAUUAUGCAAGAGGAUACCAACGUCUGGGCGAGAAUGUCACGAGAUACCAAAAAGAUUGGCAUGAAGCCCUUGACUACUACAAGCCAAUUCCUCGUGACCACGUCCUAGUUCAACGCAAACUCCCACUUCGUGGUGAAAAUCAGUGGCCCACAGAAAUAAACGACUUUCAAUUUGUAUUCGAAGAGUAUGUCGAACAUAUGAAACGUCUGGGAGCACAGGUCAUGUCUAGUAUUGCUCUUGCGUGGGGUUUGGACGAAAAUUAUUUUGUCAGGUUUUUAGACGAAUCGUUUUGGGUGAUGAGAAUAAUUGGAUACCCUUCUUUGACAACUGUUGAAGGGAAAGACAGAGUUGGGGUUAGUUGUGGAGAACAUACUGAUUAUGGUUGUCUCACAUUUCUCAACCAGGAUAAUAUUAAGGGUGCUCUCCAAGUACUAACAAAAUCAGGAGAAUGGAUUAACGCUGAUCCAGUACCAGGUGCAUUUGUUGUUAACAUUGGAGAUAUGCUGAAUACGUGGACUAACGACAUAUAUAAGAGCACAUUGCAUAGGGUCGUACACACGAGAGAUGAAUAUCGAGUCUCAGUUCCCUUUUUCUACGAACCUAAUUUUGAUGCAUUAAUUGAACCACUUGAGCCAUGUCUCAAAGUUGACCCUACCCGUCAUCACGAACCUGUCGUCUAUGGAGAUCAUCUAUUGAGCAAGGUUUCAAAUAAUUUCGAAGUUGAAGCGAACUUGUAA